GUCAACGCUUGUUCUUUUUCUCCUUCUUCCAACUCAUUCGAAGCGAAAUCGUGUUCCUGAGCUUCAAUCGGGUCGGAUCUUGGGCUCAGUGUAGGGUUCGGAGUUUGAUUCGAUAAUUGAUGAGAGUGAUUGAUUGCCAUGUUGAAGAGCUAUUGUAGUAACGUGUUGUUGAGACGACCCGGUUUACCGUUUUUUCGCUCCAUCGCCAGCAAUUGCAACAAGAGGAAUUCAUACUGGAAGCCUCCACUAUCAGCUGUGGUACCAAAGUUUUGCCUCUCAAUGAGCAGCUCAGCGGUUCAAAAUAGGACAUCCAUUGAGGACUUAAGGAGUCUGAGAUUCAUAACUGCAGUUAAAACUCCUUACCUACCUAAUGGCCAAAUUGAUCUUGAAGCAUAUGAUAACUUGGUGAAUAUGCAGAUUGUAAAUGGAGUUGAAGGUAUUCUUGUUGCUGGUUCAACUGGUGAAGGCCAAUUAAUGACCUGGGAGGAACAAAUAAUGCUGAUUGCUCACACAGUCAACUCUUUUGGUGAUAAAGUCAAGGUUGUGGGUAACGCCGGUAGCAACUGCACAUCGGAAGCAAUUAAAGCCACCGAGCGGGGUUUUGCUGUUGGAAUGCAUGCUGCCCUUCAUAUAAGCCCUUACUAUGGAAAAACCUCAUUGGAUGGUUUGGUUGCUCACUAUAACAGUGUGCUUUCCAUAGGGCCUGUGAUAAUAUAUAAUAAUCCUUCACGGACUGCUCAAGAUAUUCCUCCUAGUGUAAUUGCAAUCUUGGCUAAAAGUCCUAACUUGGUUGGUGUCAAGGAGUGUGUGGGAAAUGACAGGAUCAAACAAUAUACAAGUGAAGGAAUUGUUGUGUGGACUGGAAAUGAUAAAGCAUGCCACGAUGCUAGAUGGGAUUGUGGGGCUGUUGGAGUUCAAUCUGUUGCUAGCAACCUGAUUCCUGGUUUAAUACGACAACUCAUGUUUGGGAGUAAGAAUCCUACACUGAAUUCAAAUCUCGUGCCUCUAUUUGACUGGCUUUCUCUAGAGCCAAACCCAAUUCCUUUGAACACAGCCCUUGCUCAACUUGGUGUUAUUAGGCCAGUUUUCAGGCUUCCACAUGUACCUCUCCGUGUGGAAAAAAGGAUAGAGUUUGUCAAUUUGGUGAAGGAAAUGGGUAGAGAGCUUUUUGUUGGAGAAAAAGAUGUUCAAGUUCUUGAUGAUGACGACUUUAUCACAGUUGGUCGAUAUUAAUUUAGAUUACGUUUUACAAUUCUUAUACGGGGAAUGUCAUAUUUACAAACUUUUUGUUUACAAACUACACUAAGUAUAACCGGUCAUACUUCAAUCAAGAGUGUAUAACUGGUCAUACUUAGUGCAAUUUAUAAAAAAAGUUUGUAAAUAGAUCUUUCUCCUUCUUAUCGUAUGUUACUCUUUCUGUUGGGUUUUGUAUCCUUUCUGCCAAAGUUCAAAAACCAGAUCAGGUACCAUAGCCACAGUGCAAGUGGACUCAUUAAAACAAGAUUUGGAUUCUUUUCAGCCACUUUUUGUGGCUGGAAACUGAUUCAAGUUAGUUCCAACUUAUGUCAUGUAUAAUAAGUGCUGGAUCUCAUUUAUAACUUUCUAGUAGUUUUUUUUUUUUUUUUUUCCAGUUAAGUAGUGGGCAUCAAACACUAUUUAUACAUUAGUUUAAUUUAUGUCAAGUUCUAUGAAUUGCUAAGUCGA